AUGAAGGUCCUCAGUUGGAGUCCCCGUAUUUUCCUCCUCCAGAACGUCCUCACCGACGACGAGUGCGACCACAUCAUCAAGGCCGCCACCCCCCGGCUGGAGCGCAGCGGCGUGGUGGAGGUGGAGGGCCGGGGUCGAGACGGCGUCUCCGACGUCCGCACCUCCUAUGGCAUGUUCUUCGACCGCAAGGAGGACCCCGUGCUCGCGCGGGUGGAGAACCGGCUGAGCGAGGCCACCAUGAUCCCCGUCGGCCACGGCGAGGGCAUCCAGGUGCUGCGCUACGAGAAUGGGCAGGAGUACAAGCCCCACUUUGACUACUUCUUCCACGAGGCGGGGACCGACAACGGCGGCAACCGUCUGGCCACGGUACUCAUGUACCUGUCGGAUGUGGAGGAGGGGGGCGAGACGGUGUUCCCCAACGCUGCUGUCCCUGCCAGCCAGAGCCGCGAGGCGGGGUACAGCGAGUGCGCCAUGGCGGGGUUGGCCUACCGCCCGCGUAAGGGCGACGCCGUCGUCUUCUGGAGCCUGCGCACCGACGGCACGCUGGAUGCCGGGGCGCUGCACGGCUCCUGCCCCGUCACCAAGGGCACCAAGUGGGCCGCCACCAAGUGGUACCAUGUGGCCCACUAUGCGAUGGACGGAGAGAUUCCCAAGUCUGUGAAGCAUGUAGUGUUCAAGGCCCCCCGCCCACCAGCACCCCCAGGGUGCAAGGACACGCAAAAGGCGUGCUCAGACUGGGCCGACGGCGGCGAGUGUGACAACAACCCUGGCUUCAUGGUCGGGCAGAAGGGGCAGGCGGGCGCGUGCCUCUACUCCUGCAACCGCUGCGACCUGAUGGACGCAGCGAUGGCCACAUGA